AUGCCCUACUCUCCAAAACCAUCCCCUUCUUCCAACCGCCGCCGCAACUUGAACCAACCCCCCUCAUCAACAGCAACAACAGCAGCCACCACGGCCCUCACCCGAGCCCUCUCACCAACGCCCACCCCUCGCUCCUCCUCCCUCGCAACCCCCUCCUCACGAAACACCACGUCAAAUCUCCAUCCGACAACCCCAUCUCGAACCUCCUCCCUCUCCCUCUCCCGCAACCCAUCCCCAUCCCCGGCCCGCCCAAAAGAAGAACCAGGCCACUACAACAUGCAGGACAGUCCAGAAGACGAGCUAUCAGCGCUCCAACAAGAAAACCUCCAUCUCAAAGACAACAUCAACGCCCUCGACGCCCAAAACACCCUCCUAAGGGACACCCUCCGCCAGGUAAAAACAGACCACAGGCAAGAACUCGCCCAGCUCCAAGACCAAAUACGAGGGUUGAAGGAGUUCGUCAGUAAAUCGGGCAACGGCGGGGCGGGAAUCAACGGGUCCGGGCAAACAACAAGCGACGAGGUCUUUGAGGAGGGCAUGGGCAAGCUAGGGAAUGGCCUGCAGAACUGGGUUUUGGUUUAUUGGAGGAGGAGUAAGAUUGACCUCUCCCACGCCAGCGAGGCUACCCUCACAGAACUUGACCGCCUAGUCCCAACAUACAGAGACCUCGUCUCAACAGCCAAGAUCCACCUCCUACAGUCCCUCGUCUCGCGACUGCUCACCGAGUCAAUAUUCAACACCUACUUCGUCGGUCUAUCCCCCUCAGAAGCCGACAAGCUAGCCGAAGCCGAAAAGUCAUUGGGCACCUAUGCAACCUCCCCUGAAAUGAUGUCCCAGUGGCGCUCCCUAACCCUGGCCAUCCUCCAAAAGGACGCCAGCGGGAAGCUCCAAAGAGAAACCUCGACCAUCGUAGACGCCCUCGUGGCCAAAGUCAACAGGCUGCUCGACGAGAUAACAUCCUCAAAGUCCAACGAUGCCCGAGACCAGGGUCUCCGGUCCCUCAUCGCCAGCGCUGUCGAUCUGUCACGCCUGCUUGCUGUCCAAAAAGCCGUCUUUGCUGUCCACAUGCCUCAAGUCCUCCCCCACCAGCAAAUCAUGUUUGACGCCGAGACCAUGGAAGACAUCGGCGGUGAAGAUGAAGAGGGCCUGUUCGAACGAGAGAUCUCCUGCGUGACAUUCCCCGGAAUCAUCAAGAGAGGUGACGAGAUUGGCGGGCAUCUUCAGUUCCGGAACGUGAUCUCAAAGGCAAGAGUCCUCUGUUGUCCCGAAUAA